ACACCAGAAAUGCGUCUCAACCCUGGUGAAUGAUAUUAAACUCCAACACAGCUGAAGAAACACAACAUGCUGUUAGACCUCACGCAGGACGGCUGGACGCUGUCGGUGUUUAACCGUCUAAUACGAGUCUCUCUAAAAAUUCGAUUCCGUCCCAACACUGAAUGAAGCGAUGUCCGUCCCCUGACAUGGGUGACGUCUGUAAUGACGUUUGAGACGUCCCUCUGUUUGCGUCUCAUCUCUGAGCAGGAAUAAAGCCGUGUGUGCAGCACAGCUCUGCAUCUCAUUUUACAUCUAAGGGUGGUUAAAACUUUAUUUUUAUUUCUUAAAAAAAAUAUUUUAUGAACAAACCAAUAUUAAUUCCCUAUUUAAAAUAUGCACCAAAAAAACAAACAAACAAAAAACUCUGACGCGUCUGAUUGUGUUCUCACGCUCGGGCCUGACUCAGAGUUAUGGCUGUGCAAACACACAGCUAAGUGAAAUAAAUCACAAUGAUUGCGUGCUGGUGAUAUUCCCACGUGUCAGCCUCACACUGACACUGCGAACGUACACCAGAAGAAGAGCGACAUAGAGAGAGCUUCAGCCUCGGGUCCAGACUCAGCUCAGACAAAAUGCCCAAGUGUCCCUUCAGUACCAUGUGCAUCAUCUGCACCGUGGUGUCCUUCAUCUCCGUCUCCAUCCUCGUCGGUCUCUGGACCUACCAGUUUUAUACAUUUUUCAACCAAAAGGGGUCUCAGAUCGCAGCGCUGCGCGGCUCUCGUCUCACAGAAUGUCUGCGUCCCGUUUCCUACGAUGUCACCUUAUGGCCACGUCUCAAAGAGAACAUCUUCAUGGGGAACUCCAGCGCGGUGUUCCAGUGUGUGAAGGAGACGGACCUGAUUCUGCUUCAUGCCAACAAGCUGAACCUGAGCACCGAGGCCACACUAAGCGCGCUCAGCGGCGCUCCUGCACCCGCCAUCGUCCGCAUCCAGACCCUCAGCAGAAGCCAGUGUCUCGUUCUUCACUUGAGUGAGACGUUAAAAGCAGGAGAGCGGUACACACUCCACAUCAGCUUCACAGGGGAACUCGCUGAUGAUCUGGAAGGAUUUUACAGGAGCGAGGACGAGGAGAGCGGAGUGAAGAGCUCAUUGACCAGCGCCCGGCUCCGCCCCUCCCACCCUGCAGCCCAACUCCGCCCCUCUCACCCUGCAGCACAGCUCCGCCCCUCUCACCCUGUCGGAGUUUCAUCAAGUUUGGCAGAGACGAGCAGCAACACCUUACCUGUUCUCCACAUCACACUACUGAAGGAGUGCAGCAGCUUCACCUUCACAGGAGAACACACAGUGAAAACCUAGAAAUUAAACACCAGCGCUGACGAUGUAACAACGAGCAGAUUCGAGUUGAUGCGGUGAUGUCAUCAGAUCAGCUGACUCUCAUCAUCACUGAAGACACACACACCAACACAACACACACAUCA